AUGUUUUCAUCUCAAGGUUCUCGCGGUGUCCAAUGUCACGGGUUAACCAAAUUCCCAGAAACGAAUGAUUUUAUGUUGGUUAUAGAUUACAUGGAAAAUGGAGAUCUUGCAGAAGGAGUUAAUAAUUAUUUUAAUACAAAGCUUCAAAAAAUAUCAAGCGGAGAAUAUAUUAUUUCUGAAAAUAAUCCAAAACCAAACAAUUUAUCCUUUGAAGAAAGUGAUGAGUUUUUAUUAUUAAUACACGUAGAAAAUGAUAAUUAUCAAACUUCAGAAAAACAUGAAUAUCAUUCAAAUUUUGAAUUUGUUCCAAAACAUAAUAUUCCGGAUGAUGAUUUGAUACAUCUAGAUCUUAAUAAGACUUCACAAAAUUCUUUUAUAUUUAAAACUCAUGGAAUAUCUAGUUACUUUUCUGGAAAUUAUGAAGAAUCUAUCUCAAAUCUUAACAUUGCGCUUAGCUUAAAUCCAAAUGAUUUAAGAGCUUUACAUCAUCGUGGGCUUGCACAUCUUAGAUUGGGUCAAUACGGUGACGCGAUUGCAGAUUUUACUGAAGUAUUGAAAAUUAACCCAAUUUCUAAAACCAAGAUGUCUGAUCAUGCACAAAAAAAUAUAAAAAGUUCUUUUAGGGAUGAUUAUUUUGGCAGAUGCUUAUGGAGUUUGCGUGGAUUUGCUUACCUUCAACUACAUAGUCGUGGUUGGAUAUUCAAUGAAGCACCCGAAAUAGAAUUCUUUGAACCAAAAGAUUCACCUUUUAAAGAUGUGGAAAAAGUAUUUAAUGCAUUGGAAGCUGAACCUACCAAUGCAGUUGACCUAACAAUCCGAGCAGCGGUUCAAUUUAAUAAAAAUAACGAUAUCGAUAUUAAUCUUUAUUGUUUUCUGCAAAAUUAUGAUGAAUCGCUUGCUGAUUUAGAUAGAAUAAUAAUAGCGUCAGAUCAAGAAAAUUUUAAAAUAAUCAUGAGUGAUCAAACUGAAGCAGAAUUAUUGGCAGAUUUAACAUGA